GUGCUUCCUCCCGGAAGUUGGCUGACCCAGCAUUCUUCGCGGCCAUGCAUGGCCGGUUUGUGUCCCAGAAGAUCAGCCGAACGCGUUGGCGGCCGGAGCCCGGCUCCAGUUUACGGCCGCCAGAAUGUCUCGCCACCGGCUCCUGGGAUGCGGAGCAGAACAAAGUGUGCCUUUGGGAGACACAUGACAUUGAUAGCACUGAAUCAGACCAGUUGCUUGUGGAGGACCCUGAACUGCUGUGUGAAAUAAAGCACAAUGGUGAUGUCAUGGAUUUGCAGUUUCUAGAUCAGGAGAGGAUCGUCACUGCUUCAUCUACGGGAAGUGUGACUGUGUUCCGACAUCAUCCAAACAACCAGACUCUUUCGGUCGCCCAGCAUUGGGACCGGGUCCACUAUCAUUCCAAUAUCAGCACCCCCUGCACCAGCCUGGCUUGUAGUGGUCCUGAGAUUAUUACUGUUGGGGAAGAUGGCCGAAUCAACCAUUUCCAACUUGACUUAAAGGAACCAGUGCGGACUAUAGACAAUGCUGACAGUAGUUCACUCAAUGCAAUUACCUUUCUGCGGACAACAGAGAUCUUGACAGUUAAUUCCAUUGGACAGCUGAAAAUCUGGGAUUUCAGGCAGCCAGGAAACAAACCUUUACAAAUAUAUUGUUUCACAGAUGAGCGAGUGCCUCUGCACUGUGUAGACAGGCAUCCGAACCAGCAGCACAUAGUGGCAACAGGCGGCCAAGACGGAACGCUCUGUAUCUGGGACGUCAGACAAGGAAAUAUGCCCAUCUCUGUGUUGGAUGCUCAUUCUGCAGAAAUGUGGGAAGUUCAUUUCCAUCCUUCCAACCCUGACCAUGUCUUUACGUGCUCCGAGGAUGGAUCUCUGUGGCACUGGAAUGCAUCUAUUGUUAAUUCUGAAAAGCCUUCCUUUCUUCAAGGUAAAAGAAACUUCGCAUUAGCUGAUCCGGCUUCCCAGGUUGACAUGAACCAGUCAGUGACCAGUGCAUGGGUCACCAGUGAUAUUACAAAAGGAAAAGUAGAUGCCAAAAAUCUGCUGUCAGAUUACAUCCUGUCAGUCAAUAGUUUGGAUGUUGUGGGAGAGCAUUUAGUCUGUGGGACAGAUGCAGAAGCUAUUUACAUUACCAGGGAUCUGCAAGUCUGAUUGUAAACAGAUUCAAAUUUCUGAACAUGAACCAUUGCUCUUAAAAUCAAAAACUUGCCAGUGUGCAGAACAAUGACAAGCACACAUGGAUUACUUUAAAUAAAGUACCCUUCAAAACUGCCAUGCUCAUGUCUCAUUUAAAACCUUGUGUAAAAGACCACAUUGAGUUGGAAGAAAGGCCAUAUCUUUUAGUCACAAACUCGUAUCAGCUUCAGUAUGUAUCAAGUAGUCCUGUAUUUUUAAUCUGCAGCUAUAAUUUAUUGGUUUCUACUUUGUACUGCAUGUUGAAUUUGCCUUGCAUGUUGAAUGCUGAUCUAUAUUGAAAUAGAGAUAUGGGUACACAAGGAUCUGUAUAUGGGAAGUAGGGUCAUGGUAGUGUAGCAGCUAGUGUAAUGCUAUUGCAGCACCAGCCUCCAGGGUUCACUCUCUGCAAAUGUAUGUAAGGACUUUUUACGUUUUUCCCGUGACAGCGUGGGUUUCAGGCUUCCUCCCACAGUACCAAAACUUGUGGGUUAGGCAGUUGUGGGCAUGCUACAUUGGCACCAGAAGCAUGGCAACAUUUGUGAGCUGCCCCCAGCACAUCCUCACGUUGAUGGUCGGUGACACUAAACAACGCAUUUCACCGUAUGUUUCCAUGUACAUGUGACGAAUAAAGCUAAUCUUUGGCGAUUUUUUUUUUCCUCUUC